AGUAAACAUGCCUAUCGUGCAACAAAAAGUUCUGUCCUCAAAGGAUGUUUUACCAAACGAUAUGAAACAUCCUACCUUGACUCACAACCACUUCUUAGACACUUUGUUCCACUAUGUUGCGGAUGAACUCGCCAAAAAGGGGGACAAAAUCGUUUUGGAGGAGAUUGAAAAUCCAGAUUUCCCCACCAAGCACCUCAGGUCCCAAAGAAAGUUAUCGGAGCUUCUUCCACUUAGUGCUCAAAUCGCUCAAUCUUUGAUCAAAAAUGGAUUCAGACCAGGCAAUUACGUGCAGAUUUCCAUGUUUAACAAUUGCGAUUUCUUUCCAUGUAUCAUUGGUACGUGGAUGGCCGGAGGGAUUGCCUCCCUCUCAGAUCCGGGCCGUUUUCCCGAAGUUCUAGUGGAGCAAAUGGAGCUCACUCAGGCCAAAUUCAUAUUCUGCUCUCCUUACAAUUUGGAGCUGAAUAAGAGAGUGGCUCAACAAUUGGACUUUUUCACCAAAGUCAUUGUCGUCAAUGGCCAUGGUGUAGGUGACAUCUCCAACUUGCAAGCCUUCCUGGCCGGGGCUUCAGACAAUAUUCCUGACAAGUACAAACAGCGGAAAUCUGAUGAUCCUUGUGUUAUCGUUUGGUCCUCCGGAACCACAGGAAAACCCAAAGGCGUACAAAACUCUGUGCAAUCUCUCAAUGGGAUCUUUCGCCACCAUCUCUUUGUCCCCGAUGAGGAUGAGACAGGGAAACGAAUGCAGCUCAGUGCUCAAUGCAUGUUCCAUGCCACUGGCUUGUAUUUCAUCUCCAACAUCACUAAAUACAGAUCCAGCUUGGUUUUCUUCUCCUUGGCGGUCCCAAUCUCUACUGAAACUGUCAUCAAGGCCGUGGAACAUCACAAACCUUCUGCACUGUUCAUGGGCUCCCAUUACUUCUCAAGGCUAGCAGUUUUAGACCAUGGUCAACUAGGGUUUAAUAGAACGACCUCAGUCCGAAGAAUUGUCCCGGUUGGUUCUCUAAUCCUCUUGCCUUUAAUUCCUCGUUUAAAGCGUAUUUUUCCUAAUGCGGUCGUCGUGAAUGCCUUUGGAACAACAGAAAUUGGCGGAGUGGCAAAAGGAAACAGCUUCGCCAAUAUGGGGGAGCUUUUGCCAAAUGUUAAGGUCAAAGUUGUGGACCUCGAUACUAGAGCCCCUCUCGGACCCAACCAACCAGGAGAGUUGAUGGCCUUGACGCCAACCAUGUUCAAUGGCUACCUCAAUCUUACUGCAAAAGAAAAUCAAGCAAUUUUUGAUGAGGACGGUUUUGCCGGAACUGGUGAUCUGGUCAUUUACGACGAACAGGGAGAUUUGCAUUAUUUGGACAGGAUAAAGGCUCUCAUCAAAUACGGCAGGCAUCGUGUUUGUCCCGGAGAAAUUGAGGAGGUCAUUCAAGAACUUCCAGGCGUAUUGGAAGUGGGCGUGUUUGGGAUCCCAGAGCCUGAAUUCGAUGAACUCCCUGCUGCUGCAGUCGUUCUAAGCACGGGGAUAACUACUUCCAAGCAAUUCAUUAUUGACCACGUAGCCUCAAAAAUGGAAGAUUCUAACCGGUUGAGAGGAGGAGUGUAUUUUGUGGAUGCACUUCCACGGAACAUUCAAGGUAAAAUUGUUCGAAGAGAGAUCCUGCGACUUUGUGGCUUGGAUAAGAAUUGAGGAACCGUAUCUCUCGUCUCUGUAUCGACCUGAUAUGUUAUCAGUAUCACAGUGUUAUGCAUGCCGCGGUCAGUUUACAAUGUUUCAUAUAUCCAUUCAAUAUAUUUCGCAUUUGACUCAAAAUGAUCUAUGAUAAUUUGAGGUGUAAAAGUAAGAACAAGUGACAAGGUUCAUGUUGCCUUUCUUGUGGUAUUUCCUCAUUUGACUCCAAAUCAAGUUCAUACUAACUUUAGUAAUCCAAUCGGUGAUGUGGUUUUUACGAUCGAAAUUGAAUCCGAGUCAAAUGCUGAACCAUCAAGUAAAGCAACAGCUUUGGAAAAAGUUAUCAAAAUGAACACAUGGGAGACGUGAAAUGACAAAGAUUGUUACAAAGGCCCAGACUUGACUUGAUUUUGAGGAUUGGGGAAAGUGAUCUGUAUGAAUUUUUGAUCAUGGACGAGAAGGCGAACAGAGUAAACAAGAAACGGGGACACAUGGAAGGAUGGAUAUCAAAGAAACAACAGCUUUGUUGACA